AUGAGGAAAGAUAAGACGGCUCCUCCUUUUAAUCAAGUCAAUGUCUCUCGAAAUGCUCAGAAGCGUCUAAAAUUGGUAGACUAAAAGGAUAGUUAUCUGUUUAGUUAAAGUAAAAUGGUGAGUUUGAGAAUGAGAACUAGGGUUCAUAGCUUAAAGAUGGGGACCCCCUCCGGCAGCGAGAAGCCGUAAAUGGUGAUGUUGCGGAGCUAAAAGGCGCAGCCUUUCUUUACUCCGUCGAGUUUGUUUUUCCUCAGACCAAACUCGUCUGCAAGUGGCAGCCAGAUAUGGUUAAAUGACUUUAAUACCCCUGUCGCAUCCACCUACCAGGCAACCACGCAAAUAUAGCUUACUGAACCGGUCCGGUUUGUUCCUAGACCCAAGAUUUUGAUUUUAAUAAACUAACCCGGUUCGCUCUUCAACGUUUAUGAAUGAACAUCUUUUUAUUAAUUUGAAUGUAGCGAUGUCGAAUCAUAUCAUUACAAGCUAUAUAAGGUAACUACGAACAAAAA